AUGGCUUCCACAACUUCGCCCGAUACACUGGGCAGUAGCCCCACGGGCACGACCUCGGGCUCCACGUCGAUGAAUAGCAAGGGAACCGCAUCGCCCGCGAACGAGGUCGAGCUGAAGACCAUGCGGUCCGAUGCGCCCAAGGGUUCCAUCCCACUGGGCGAGGAUAUCAUGCAAUUAGCUCGGAUUGGAGAGAUCCCCGCGAUGCAGAAUUUGUUUGCGACGAAGAAAUUGACUGCGAACCAUCGCGAUGAAGAGGGCAUUACGCCGUUACAUUGGGCGGCCAUCAACAACCAAUAUGCCAUGUGCAAGUUCCUGCUCGACUCGGGCGCGGACGUCAACGCCAAGGGCGGCGAAUCGGUAGCCACGCCGGCCAUGUGGGCAGCGCAGCGGUGCCACUACUACAUCGUCAACCUCCUACUUUCCUACGGCGCAGACCCGCUCCUGACCGACGUGCAAGGCUACAAUAUCCUGCACCUGGCGACUAUCGAUGGCAACGCGUUCCUGGUUCUCCUCCUCCUCCACCAAGAAAUCUCCGUCGAUGUAGUCGACCAACAAGGACACACGGGUCUAAUGUGGGCUGCGUACAAGGGGUAUCCAGCAUGUGUGGAUCUGUUCCUGCGAUGGGGUGCGAAUGCCAAUGCCGUGGAUGAGGGUGGCUUGACGCCGCUGCACUGGGCGCUGGUCAAGGGCUCGUUACCUAGUGUCCUGAAGCUGUUGGAGUACGGCGCGGAUCGAUUUGCGGAAACGCGCGAUGGCAAGUCGCCCAGUACGGUGGCUCAAGAAAUGAACUCCUCGCGGAUUUGGUUGCGCGCUCUUGCUGAGCGGGGGUAUGAGCCUGAUGGUACUCAGAAGGCUGUGCCUAUGGGGUUGUCCGGGUAUAUUCGGAAUAAGAGCGUGAUGGGCAAGUUCUUCUUCCUUUGGCCGUUCUUGACCCUUUUGAUUGGGCUUUGGAUGCUGAGCCAUUUGCCGAUCUUCUUGGGUGUUCCGCUUACGGCGGCGACGGUGUUUGGUAUGCAAUAUGUUGCACAGAAGUUGGCGAAUCGCGGUCCUUCGGAGUAUCGUGUCUUGCAGAAGACGCCGUUUCUGGCUGGUGUUUUUGCAGCGUCGCUGUUCUGGGUUGGAUACCGUUAUGUCUUCAAAGUGCUACCAGCUACCUAUUCUUCGGCCCCGAUCUUGAAUAUCCUCUUUGCGGUUUUCUUCAGUUUCACCACCUACUUCUACGCUUUGGCCAUGAUCGAAGACCCGGGCUAUGUGCCGAAGCUCAGCAGUCGAAACCAGCAGAGGGAGAUGGUCAAGGAGUUGUUUGAGCAGUGGAAAUUCGACGAGGAGAACUUUUGCGUGCCCUGCUUGUCGAGAAAGCCUCUCCGUAGCAAGCACUGUCGCCGUUGUGGCCGCUGUGUUGCUAAGCAUGACCAUCACUGCCCCUGGAUUGACAACUGCGUCGGAGCCAACAACUUGCGCCACUUUGUCCUAUACAUUAUCUCUCUCGAAAUCGGCAUCAUUCUCUUCGUGCAGAUCAGUGUUGGCUAUAUUCAAGGCCUGCCACCCGUUACGGGCGCCAAGUGCAACGUUAUCAAUGAUACACUGUGUGACAUUGUGACUCGUGACACUUUCACACUCGUCCUCAAUAUCUGGAUCGUCAUCCAGCUUGUCUGGGUCACGAUGCUCUGCGCCGUGCAGCUCGUUCAAGUCUCCCGCAACCAAACCACCUACGAGAACAUGCGCGGCCACCACAUCGACCGGUCAUAUCCAAGCUCCCAGGCGUUCGCCUCUGCCAUGGCCGCCGGCACAACCUCCCUCGAAGGCGCAGGCCUCACUGCCUCUGGCGCAGGACCUAACCCAGCGAUCCCCCGCCCAGGCCAACCCCGCCGGCGACACGGUUUCUGUGCCCAGUGGUCUUCACUGCUGGGAAUCGACACGUUUUUCGCCACGGCGCGCGAUGGUCUUCGCGAUGGACCGCAGGCUGCUCGGCCACGCAACCCAUUCUCCCGCGGCGUGGUCACCAAUUGCCGCGACUUCUGGUGUGACCCCGCGCCUAUCUUUGGCAAGCGCACCACUGGCUCGGGCAUGCUGGGUGGUGAAGUUGUCAGCUACAAUGAAAUGUACCAGACCCCGACGCGCAUGCGCAUGGGUAGUCGGACGGCCGACGGCGGUGCAUACCGCAGUGUGGCAGGCGAAGAUCCCGAGCAGAUGGUUUGA